GGUAAAUGGGGAGUGAGCGUGAGCGUGGGAGAGCGGGCUCGAGAGCGAGAGCCACGGUUGAGCGGAGCGCGCGGCGCUGAGAGAAAAAGGACGAAGUGGAAAUAAAAAUGGUUGGAAACGCGCAGAGCUGGACACGCGUGUUCGUGGCAACGUGUCUUCUGUGGGUCGCGGGAGCCGCUGCGCAGAAAGUGUACUUUGAAUGUGGAGCUGUGGUGGACGUUGUUGAUGACCAGGGCCUCAUCCUGUCUCCAGGCUUUCCUUACAACUACUCUUCAGGGGCACACUGUGUGUGGCAGUUCUUUGUGCCUGUGGGCUACCAGCUUGUGCUGGAGAUGUUUGACUUUGACGUUUAUGAGAAUCAUCAAAGCCCUGCCAAGUAUGUGUCUGGGACACAUGCGGACGAGGACGCCCACAACAGCACUUCGCCAGCCCGGAGGGAUGCUGCCGUGGAUUAUGUGCCCAUCGCCAAGGAACCUUUCUUCCCAGCCCAAGAGGGCACAGUCAAGCCACUUCAGGCUUUCCAGAAGAAUGACAUCAAGCAUUUGGUGAUGCAGGAGAAGUCCGCAAAAAUGGAAAUGGCCAAGGUGCCCAACUGGGCCAAAUGGUCUGCCGACGUGCCUUCUGCACGACCCCUGCACCUCCGGCCAGCGGAUGUGACGGAUCGGAGACAUGUCUCACCGGAGGGCUUCGGAGGGGAAGCCGACCCUAACCCGACCCGGCCCACCCGGCAGGCUGCUCAGACCCCGCCGUCCGAUACGGGGGCUGAGACCCAGCAGCCUGUGGUGGAUGCCUGCCCUCAUGAUGUCCUCUACAUCUCCGACCUAAUCACAUUCUCCUCCCGCUUCUGCGGCUCCAACAGCCCCACGGGCCAGCGGAUGGUGUUCGGCUCUCCGGAGGAGAUGGUGGAAGUCAUCAUGGAGCUGAUCACAACCACGCACUGGGGCCGAGGCUUCGCUCUGCUCUUCCGCUACCACAACCACACAGAUGCCGAGGACCGACGCCUCAACGCGCUCGCUACAGGCAGAAUGGACACUCUGCUGACCGCUUUGGGAGGGGUGACCUUCUUUGCGCUGGUUCUCACCAGUGCUCUCUGCAUAAUCUUCAGACCAAAGCUGUGCGCGAAGGGGGCCGCCACCUGUUCGCCCAACAGCUCUGAGUUGCAGGGCGACAUGCCGAGUACCGGGACAGAUGCAGGCGAGCUGCAGCUGGUGGUGCCGAGUUACACGGGCGUGCCGGUCUGCGCCGAGAGCAGGAUCAUCGGGAACCCGGGGAACGUCAAGCGCUCCUUCAGCCUGCCACACACAGAUUCUGGGUUAGUCGGCAGCGGCGGGGCGGACCCUUCCCACAAUGCUGAGCUCGAGCUGUCCCCCGGCGGACUGACGGAGCUGGACCUGGGGACAGACGAGGUGUUUGUGAUCCCCUCGGGACCGGCUCCAAGCGGGCCGCCCUUGUGCCCGCACACGAGGGAUCGCUUCUUGAGGCACAGCGACACGGCGCUGCCGGCCCGGGCUGAGAGCGCCGGCGGGACACGGCCCCGCGCGUGGAGCGUUCGCACCUUCCAGGACCUCCUUCAGCCCCUUCCCCAACUGCAGCGCAAGUGGUGCAGCUGGAACUCCACCAGUCCUUUCACCAAGCUCGUGGACAGCGCUCCAGCCACCACAGCACUGGGCUGCUCCAGUGACGGGUCUAGGAAGAUCAUCUUGGACAGCCACCUAGAAGGCAAGGCCAACGGCCAGCAUGAUGACUCCGGCAGGAGCUCCGCCUCCACCCUGCUUACCCAGCCACCUCAGAGGCAGCGCCGUCUCAACUCUAUCGGCAACAUGCGGCGCUCCCGCUUCGCCAGCCCAUGCUUCAGCUUCCUCUCGGGAAGUCCAGAUGGUGGUGCUGCUGCCCCCACUGUGCCCUCCAAGGGUGCUCCCUCGGUGCCAGCGAACGGCUCUCUGUGCCCCACGGUGCAGGCGGAGGUAGAAGCGCACGUACAGGCCGGCGCUCCCGUGUUUGCCAUCUCGGAGGAGGAGGAUCGGCAGCCCCUGGUCCCGUCUGAGCACCUGGCCCAGGCCACCCUGCUCAACGGCGCCCUCUGGGGGAGCCACAACCAGGGAAACGUCAGCAGCUGCCUCGGCCCUUACCCGGCCGUGGCUCCCGGAGAUGCGAGGGCCGCUUUUGCCCAGAGUGCAGUUAAGCUGAAAGAGGCGCAGCUGCAGCCGGUCUCCAAGAGCCCAGCCGCUGUGAGCAGCAGCGUUGCCGUUAAGGGGAUGUGAGCGUAGCCUGGUAACAUGGACAGUGGGGGGGGGGGGGCAGUGCCGCCAUACAAGACGUACAGCAACGCAGCCAGCAGUAACGUAUGUUCUGUUUAUCACGUUACCCUUCAAUCUGUAAUUGAGGUAUUUAUGCAGAAAAUGAUUUUCCUGUUUGGAAUUUAAAAGGAUUUUUCCCUGUGGAAAUUUUUUUUUUUUUUCUACUUCUACAUUCAUCAGUAUAUUUGAUAAACGAUGGUAUUUUUCUACAAAAGUCAGUCCUGUAAUUUCAAGUACAUGUAUAAUUGCACGCAGUGAUGUUUAUUUAGCAUGUUUACCGUCACAUAUUCAAAACACUUCAUUUGUAUUCAUACUCCAUAUUCACACUACUGGAUAAGUGGUUGCACAGAGGUUCUAAAUGCUAUGGUGACAUCGAGUCACACACACCCCCCACCCCCCAAAAAAACCCCAUCAGCUCUGCACAAUGACAUUUCAAUUGAGUUUAAGUAACUGAAAUGUGUGCCUACAUCUUUGUCGCAUAGCAUGAGAACACGGGCCCCAUGCGGCAACUCUGCGGACACACGUCUUAGUUCUCAGUGCUACACUCAUCCUACAGAUGUCACACGACCUAACUGUUGGAUGAGCUCCCCCUUCAUCCACAUCUGCUGUGGUUGUCGACCAUUGCUCUUCCACUUACAAAAUGCUGGACUUCACAAUUUCAUGACCAAGAAGCAGAUGGUUUUACUACUGCCGAAAUGAGCAACUUUUCCCACUUUUAAAAGGGGAAAAAAAAAAAAAAAAGGCACAUUUUUCAGAGCUUGACCACAUGCAGUACAGUAUAAUUUUCUGUAGGUUUCCGCUAUUGGAUCUUAAAAGGGAAUUUGUAGAUCACCGUAAAAAAAAAAAAAUAUAUGCAUUUAAAUAACAUGAAUUAGAAAUAACCUAGCAGUCUCACACUCGGAGGAAAGAAAUGUAAUGGAGGGUUGUGAGGAAUGGUCAAAAUGUUUAAUAAACUAUCAGCUAUAUUUUCCUUUUAUUUAAUUUUAUUCAUGUUUGUUAAUUUAUAUUUAAAUCUACAAAACAAUAUUGACCCAAUUACCUUUUGUUGCAUCCCUGCUGGAGAAAAAACAAAACGCAUUCUUCUUGCAAUAUUUUAUUAGUGCAGUUAACCAAAGAGACAUUUUUAUAACCCCAGUCUACCAACAAGAAAUUAUUCUCAGCACUGCUAAUACAGGCGAGGCACUAGAAGCUCGUAAAGGCAUUAAAGCGUAACAGCGCUAUUCCACGCCCAUUCUGAUCUGAACUAAUCGAAACCUUAUGCACUGGAAGGUAUACACGGCUUUUUUUCUGCAUCUGAAGUCAUAAGGGUAAAUGAGGUAGAAUUAAGCUGUGCCACCACUGAGCAAAGAGCUGCUCUGUCCACGCUCUCCCGUGUAAGUGGGUACACAUUUGGCCCUGGGCACUUUCCCCUUUUGAGAUAGAGAGAGAGCAAAAGCAAGCACAAGGCACCCCCAAAGCCUCUUUAACCCCCGUUCCCAAGCAGCGGCUCGAGUGGCGUCCGGCUUACACUGCUACGACCCUCCUGUUGGAAACGAUUAAGGUCUGCCAGCUUUGGAGCCUGACUCUGGCUGAUGGGCUGAGCUGCUGAGGAAUGUCACGGCAACAGCCUGUGGAGAGGGGGGGCGUGGCUUUACUGCCAGGGUGUAGGUUCCCAUAAGUCUACCCCACACCUGCCUGUUCGUUCAGCUGUCCUUAAGGCCCCUCACAAGCUGCUGGCAGGGGACAGAAAGCAGUUUUUCCACACGUACCUCGACAUGCGCUCAUAUGGCCAACAGCGGAAAAACUUGACAGUACUCUUGCCCAGUUAACAGUUCCAGACAAAUACAGUUCGAUUAUCUUCCUGACAGCAUGGAUUUAUGCACAAUCAGUGUAAGCCUGCUUUUCUGGGACGACUGUAUCACUGCAAGUGAAAUACAUCUUGCAAAUCAAUUUUACCAGUCUCAGUCAUGAUGCAUGGAGACUCACCAGUUUCAAUUAGCCCAGCUCCUGUACACCUUCUUGCUAAGCUCAGUAGUGGGAACACAAAUGCUCUUAAAAACAAUUUGUGACUCAUCAGUGCUUCCUGGUAGCAAAAGAAAAAUCUGAGGGUUCAUUCAUUUUCACUGAUGGGGGCAGAUGCAGCACAUCAUCUGGACAGUUCAGGACGUCUGAUUAAUGACGAAAACGGGAGUGGAACUGCAUUUUUCUUCCGCGGAGCCUGGCCCACUCGUGUGUUCCUUAGUCCAGUUCUGAACCCUCAGACAAAUCAUGCUGUAAACAUAUUCAGCUUCUUUCAAAACUGAACCAGAACCGUGAGACGGGAAUGGUGCUGAAGGUUUGCUGUCUUAUACCCAUAGAAGAGGAGGGGAAGGAAAGGGAAAAAAAAAAAAAAAAAAAAAAAACCCCAUCAUGCAGCAUUCACAAACAAGCUUCCUCGGUGGGUUCUCAAUCAGUUCGGUAGGUGAUGAGGUGGACUGAGUUCAAGGAAUCCGUCUUUUACAUCUCACACAUGCACAGGAAAAAGAAAAAAAAAAAAAA